AUUGAUCACGAGCACACAGGCUCUCGGAAUCUGUCCCGCCGAAUAUAGCUUCGUGAUUCGUUUUGUCGGACAGAUGUGGCCGGUGUCAGGAGCAUCAGACAGCGUGGAAAUGAGAAGGAAAAUGAGAAAAAUCUCCUGGACGGUGGACCUUAAGUGCGUGGCUAUUCGAGGCCGUCGAGAACGGGCGUCAGAGCCGUGGCUCGAGACAUGAGCGAAUUUCUGGUCCGUGAUUCAAGCGUGCUAACGACGUCAUUGUGGUGCAGUAAAUGCAAAAGAGCGGCUCAGCGGCGGCGGCUCCAUCCCUUAGGGUUGCGGUGACGCGGCUCCGGCGGCCAUGGAGUUCUUGCUGCAGCCGGUCAACAGUAGAACGCUGAUAGAGGAAGUGAAUGACAGCGACAUACCAAUGGAGCCUCUUCGCUAUCCUGUUCUGUCGAUGCCGGCCGGGGAGUUGCCGACGGCGAGUGUAUCAAGUGCAGAGCGCUCAUCUGCUCGGCGACUGCUGUGGGAACAGGCGAGGGUGCAGACCGGCCACAAGCAUCUGAGCACUCACCCAGGAUGGAGACGAAGGGUCACAGUCAGACAACCUGCCCUGAUCGCGGGGACGUGCCAAAACAGCCUCGUAAGCCAGGAAGAUGUAAAAAUUGUGACGUUGAAGGGCAUCGUCAGAACAACUGCCACAAAUCGGCUGAGCUUAGACUGAAGAGUUGAUCUGAUUAAUUACUUGUUAUGUUGAGCUGCACCACAUGAAAAAAAUUGAAGCUGUGUUGUACCUGAAUACUUAUAAGUUGUGUUGUUUUAGAAUAAACUGAGCUUGUUUGUAAAUCGUCUGGAUGUCAAUUCGUUGUGCUUUG